UUGUUGUUCUUUUUCCUAAACCACUUAAGAUGAGGACAGCGAUAAUCUGUGCGCUUUUCUUUACACUGUUGAUGGUAAGUGUGAAAGCAAAUCCACAAUGGGGCAUGCCAAUUGAACCUGCCCCAACAGAAACAAUUGAACCUGCCCCAACUGAAACGGAUGUAGAGGAAGAGCAACCAAAGGUAACUGAUGAGCCUGCUGGCAAACAAGGAAAAGGCAAUCGUAAAAGAUGCAACACGAAGGGUCAGAAUCAAAAACUGAUAGCGAAACUUAGGGAACAAAUAAAGAGAAUGAAAACGAGAAUGAAAAAGCAAGACUAAGACAGAAAAGCUGCUGCAAUGGGCUGAACCAUUCCCUCUAUGAUGUAACAUUCCCUCUGUGAUGCAACAUUCCUUCUAUGAUGUAACAUUUUCUCUACGGUGAAACAUUUCCUCUAAUCACCUGCCUGUAUUUAUACUGUCACAAAUCAGCUUGCAAAACAUUCUGAACAUACUCUUUAUAUUUGCAUUUAGCUUUCUACAUGGGAAACCAUCUACUAUUCCUAAAUAAUGUCUUCUAAUCUAUUAAACUAGUGCUAUUAUAACAUUGGUUUAUAUAGAUGUAUGUUGGUCAUUGGUUUGUCUUAUAAUACAAUACUUUGAUGUAUUAAUCGAAGGCAUUAAUUAUUUCAAUAAAGAAAUUG